AUGGCGCCUCUUCCACACAAUCAGUCGCAUACUGAAUGUGGUAUUCGAAAGAUUAUCGCCACUGGAACCAUCCCCGCCCCUAAUGCUUAUUGGCAACCAAACUUCACCACAUCAAUAAUCCCGAUUAAUUGUUGGUCUCACAACGACGAACAUCAAAAAAUCCCUCUAUAUACUGCUCUUGCAGCCGGCUGUAUAGCAAUCGAAGCGGAUUGUUUCAUUCCUUCCUACUACAGCUCCUCUCGCUUUCUCGGCUCAUUGUUCUCCUAUUUCACGUCUUCGCCAAAAAUUAAAGCCUCCGAAAAUGAUCUCCUCGUAGGUCAUGCAACUUCAGAGCUUGAUCCUGCAAGAACACUCUCGAGUCUUUAUUUAGACCCACUUCUAGAGAUUUUGAUACAACAGAACAAAGCUGCAGGAAAUCCAGAAAAGAAAGUGGGAGUUUGGAAUGAAAAUCCACAGCUAUCGUUACAUUUAACAAUCGAUUAUAAAAGUAUCUCCUCUGGGCACGAUGGAAUACCCAUCCUCUAUUCCCUUCUUGAACCUCUUCGAACUGCAGGUUUCCUUACCUAUUAUAACUCGACCACCGAAAAGCUAUUUCCUGGUCCCAUAACCAUCGUCGGAACUGGCGAUGCCGACUUCGAACUGAUAUGCGGCUAUGAAAACAUAUAUAUCUUUAAAGAUGCUCGAUUUUUCGAUUUCCUGUCUUCUCAAAAUCCAUCUAAUUCACUAUAUGUGUCUGGUCACAUUUCUAAAUCAAUUGGUCGAUUUUCAAAAUCCAAAGGGCCUACAAAGGCGCAAGUGAAAAUCAUAAGGAAUGAAUGUAGAGAUGUGAGAGAAAAAGGGUUAAUACCUAGAUAUUGGGGAACUCCUGAUAACGAGGAAUGGUGGAGAAUAUUGGUUGAGAGUGGAGUUGAGGUAUUGAACUGUGAUGAUCUUGAUCGUGGGGGAGAGUGGUUGAGGGGCUGUAAUAUAAAUGGAGUAGGAGUGGGAGCUUUAUGGAAAGAUGACAUCAAAGAGAGUGAUGUGGAAGGUUGGGAGGGGGGGUUAUUUGGAGGAUGUAUAGUUUCGUAA